UUCUUUUAUAAUUUUUUUUAAUGCGCGUCGGCGUUAAUAAAGCGCAACGGCAGGCAGCGAUCUAGGCGCCCGUCGUCCACUCCUCCUCGCCUUCCUCGCCUUCCUCGCUUUUAUCGCCGCCGCCGCCGCCGCCGCCUCCGCCGCCGCCGAGGAGUAGGAGUAGUAGGAGGAGGAAGCCGGUAGCCGGAGGAGGAGCGGGGAGAUGGCGGACGCGAAGCAGCAGCAGCAGCAGCAGACGGCGGCGGCCGCCACGGGGGUCUGGAAGACGGUGAAGCCCUUCGUCAACGGCGGGGCCUCCGGGAUGCUCGCCACCUGCGUCAUCCAGCCCAUCGACAUGGUCAAGGUGAAGAUCCAGCUGGGAGAGGGAUCUGCAGCUCAGGUCACAAAGAACAUGCUUGCUAAUGAGGGUAUUGGUUCCUUUUACAAGGGUUUGUCAGCUGGUUUACUAAGGCAGGCGACAUAUACUACUGCUCGUCUUGGAUCCUUCAGGGUUCUGACAAACAAAGCAAUUGAAAAGAAUGAUGGAAAGCCAUUGCCUUUAGUUCAGAAAGCUUUUAUUGGCCUUACUGCUGGAGCUAUUGGAGCAUGUGUUGGUAGCCCUGCUGAUUUGGCACUCAUUAGGAUGCAAGCUGAUUCGACCUUGCCAAUUGCACAACGCCGUAACUACAAGAAUGCUUUCCAUGCGCUCUACCGUAUUAUUGCUGAUGAAGGUGUCCUUGCCCUUUGGAAGGGAGCAGGACCUACUGUGGUUAGAGCUAUGGCCCUGAACAUGGGUAUGCUUGCUUCCUAUGAUCAGAGUGUUGAGCUAUUCAGAGACAAACUUGGUGCUGGAGAAGUUUCGACUGUACUUGGAGCCAGUGCUGUUUCUGGGUUCUUUGCAUCGGCCUGCAGUCUGCCUUUUGACUAUGUGAAGACACAAAUCCAGAAGAUGCAACCUGAUGCCAGUGGGAAGUACCCGUACACCGGUUCUUUGGACUGUGCCAUGAAGACCUUCAAGAGCGGUGGCCCAUUCAAGUUCUACACUGGCUUCCCUGUGUACUGUGUCAGGAUUGCUCCCCAUGUGAUGAUGACAUGGAUAUUCUUGAAUCAAAUCCAGAAGUUCGAGAAGCAGAUUGGAAUAUAAGGUCUUCAGUUGGAGGUUAAUAUGCGGAGUUAUCAUUUGCUCGAGUGGAGAUAAUAACGUUCCAGCUGCUUACACUAUCGGUAGUUGGUUUUGGUAGACAAAAGUUUAAACCAAGUUAUCCUAGCUUAAAUGUUGCCGUGGUGGUACUAUUGUGUCUUUUACAAUAAUCGAAUCAUUUGUUGUAACUGGGGCGAUUUUUUUGGGGUGGACAUACUUUAUUUUUGUUGGCUGGGACUCAGCCAUGAGGGGGGAUACUUCCUGCUUGCGCCAUUGAAUUAAAUGGGACCAUAUUUUAUACAGAUUUCCAAAAUCUCUCAAAUGAUCUUCA